AUGAUUGGUGACUUACCAGGUCAUAUUCCUGCGACGAAUGAUGCGUGGCUAAAGCGGUUGGAUGAACCGAAAAAGACUAUUCUUCCAAAACUUGAGCAGCAAACGAUCAAGUAUACUGAUACCAUGGCGGAGGCUACUGACCAGAUGCGUAAGUUUGAUUUGUUUGAAUUUAAGACGGGUGAUGGUGUCAUGAUACUCGCACAGGGGGCGACGACCCAAGCUAUGGAACCUUUGCUUGACCCAUACGAUAUUCAUAGUCGAUAA